UGAGCCACGAUGAUUCUCAGUUAGAAUAAAUCCACACUGACGGCUCUCACUCUUCUUCUGAUUCGUUUUAUUCCCGAUGCUCGGUCGUCUGCGUUCAGACAUUUCCCCCUCCAGUUUCUCUCAACAGCAGUAGCAGCGGACACCUGUCGCGUUUCAGGCUUUAACGAUGAGAGGACGAUGGCGCUCUUACUUCAUGACAGUCUUGGUCUCCAUGAUCGCACUGCACACACGGUCCAAAGCUGAUGCAACACGCAAAGACAUCACAACGUUCACUAAGAUCCUGGACAGUCUCCUAGAUGGCUAUGACAACAGGCUGAGACCUGGCUUGGGUGACCGUGUAACAGAAGUCAAGACUGAUAUCUAUGUGACCAGCUUUGGCCCAGUGUCAGACACAGACAUGGAGUACACUGUGGAUGUUUUCUUCCGUCAAAGUUGGAAGGACGAGCGAUUAAAGUUCCAUGGUCCAAUGAACAUUCUGCCUCUUAACAACUUGAUGGCCAGUAAAAUCUGGACUCCUGAUACCUUCUUUCACAAUGGCAAGAAGUCAGUGGCCCAUAACAUGACAAUGCCCAACAAACUACUGAGGAUUAUGGAGGAUGGAACACUGCUGUAUACUAUGAGGCUAACAGUUCAAGCUGAGUGUCCCAUGCACCUGGAAGACUUUCCCAUGGACUCUCAUUCAUGUCCUCUCAAGUUUGGCAGCUACGCCUACACAAAGACUGAAGUUACUUACAUUUGGACUCGAAAUGCCUCCCAGUCAGUAGAUGUGGCAGCUGAUGGAUCUAGACUCAAUCAGUAUGACUUGGUGGGCCAAACUGUGGGGAAGGAGACAAUUAAAUCCAGCACUGGUGAAUACACGGUCAUGACUGCCCACUUCCACCUGAAGAGGAAAAUUGGAUAUUUUGUGAUCCAGACAUAUUUGCCCUGUAUCAUGACAGUAAUCCUCUCCCAGGUUUCUUUUUGGCUCAAUCGAGAGUCUGUUCCAGCCAGAACUGUAUUUGGUGUAACCACAGUGCUCACAAUGACCACGUUAAGUAUUAGUGCCCGUAAUUCACUGCCCAAAGUGGCCUAUGCGACAGCGAUGGACUGGUUCAUAGCUGUGUGCUACGCUUUUGUCUUCUCUGCGCUUAUUGAAUUUGCCACUGUCAACUACUUCACCAAGCGAGGCUGGGCCUGGGAUGGAAAGAGUAUCGUCACUGACAAGAAAAAAGAAUCAUCUGUGAUGAAGAAGAACAAUGCCUAUGCAGUGGCUGUGGCUAACUAUGCUCCUAAUAUAAUUAAAGACUCAACGUUACCCACAAUUUCCAAGUGUGCCAUCAGUGAUCCUAACAAGCCCUCCUCAGAGAAGAAACUUGAACAUAGCAAGAAAACAUUCAACAGUGUCAGCAAGAUUGACCGCGUUUCCCGCAUCAUGUUUCCUGUACUAUUUGGGAGCUUUAAUCUUGUUUACUGGGCCACCUAUCUCAACAGAGAACCAGUUAUUAAAGAUAUUGAUUAUUCUAAAUGAGCCACAGGGACUUUUUCCAGCCAGUUAAUCAGUAACUGUAGACUUAUACUUUCAGUGGUAUUAUUUCUACAAGUCAAACACUAGAGAUAGAGAAUUAUCUGUUUAUAUUUCUGACAUGCACUGACUGCAUGUAUGGGUGAUCACAACUGCUGUAUAACACAUCAGAUCCACAUAUUCUCGGAUUUCUUUUUUGCAUUUGUUUUCAAUGUAUUUUUGUGGGGUGGGGCUGAGGGCCCAACCCCCAUUUUUCAUGGAAAACACUUAUUGGCGGUAUAUCCUCUCUUAUUCAAGAUUUUUUUUGUGGUUAAAUUAUUAUUUUUUUUUAAGUGCAAUUAUAAAUGGGUAUCAAUUAUCUGCUGAUAUUCGCUAUUCGCCCCGUCCAUAUCUCCCACGAAUAGCGAGGGUCCAGUGUACAUGAAUUUUUCACGGUACUGGAUACUUUUGCAUUACGUUUGUUGAUUACAAAAUAAAUGUAACACU